UUUUUACUGUCAUUAAUAUCCCACACCUAAAUUGACGUGAUUUUCAGAAAACAUAUAAUUAACAAGAUUUUGCGACAAAAUAUUUUGCAAUAAGAUUUCCAGAAAAAUAAAAAUAUUUGUAUUUAAAAAAUAUAUAUAUAUACGUAUGUAUAUACAUGUUCGUAUGUGUGUGUGUUUGCGUAAGUGGUGCAUAAAAAUUGUAUAUUCAUCCCAAAAGCCCACAUGAACCAGAAGAAGCUAUUUUUUUUGUAAUUGUUUUACCAAUUUAUCAUUUGGUUGGUUGAUUACUGUCGAGUAUAAUCUUAAAAGUUAGGUUGGUCUAAACGAUCAAGUUAGCAGAUUUCUUCAGUAAUGGAUACAUCGAAACUUAAUACAAGGUACUCGAGAGCAGACCUGUUAGCUCUACGAUAUGAAGGCAAAAGUAGACAGCGCCCUCAAUGUACAAAUAAAACUGAGCUACAGACGUUGAGUUUUUGGAAAGUGAAUUUCAACGCUGUCUCUUUAAAUGUGGCUAGCAGCUAUUCGAAUCAAAAUAAAAACCGUCUAUCUCCAGAGGCAGAUAACGCGAGUCUGAGCUGUUCCAAUAGCGGCUCAAUAAGCUCGCGUCGCGCCUUGCGAAAUCGAGAGCGAGCGAAUAAUUAUUACCAGCGUUUUGUACCUACCGAUUCCCUCCAGUUAUGUGGAGAAGAUAAAGAUAAGGACGCACAGGUGACGCAAGGCGCGGGAGGACAGUCAUUUAAGUCUCCCAUCAUCGACCAUCGCAGCAUUUCAUCGUCGCACCUAAUGCCGGCUUUUGCGAAGAGACGCUUUGCCACAGUGAGCGGUGGCACUAGCGCUGACAACAACGACACAACAGCUAGCACAUGUGAUGAUGCUGCAAGUGCAUCCCAGAGAAGAGAUGGCAAGGGUAAGGCACCUAUAUCCCCUAGUCGAAAAGGCAUCGAGCUAGACGGUUCUGAAACACGUUUAAAUUAUGUCCAGCCGGAUCAUGACCAGUGCUUGUCAUCUUCGCCAACAUUCGCUUCCCGCCAAGAAAGGCGUAUCGGGAGUGGUCGCCUGUUACCCAGAAGUGAUAAUUGGGAAUUUAAAGACCAGAAAACAAAGGAGGCCAGCAUUGAGACUGAGAAGGAUACGUCUCUAAAUGGCAGUGUUGGUGGAAGUGGUGUUAGUCAGCAUAAUCAAACCCAACAUCGCUAUCGCACAUUCAGCGGAAGAUUGGUUGAUCGUGUUCCCGAACAUACUGAUCGUCGUUUUCAAUAUGAUACCAAAAGGUCAGUUGAUCGACAGGUCGUAAGUAAUCGACGCAUAUCUAAUAAGGAGUCCUGUAGCAAUCAAAAUCGUGGCAAACGCGCAAACUCUUAUCACAUACACGAAGAACCGGAAUGGUUUAGUGCAGGACCAACAUCACAGCUUGAAACAAUUGACCUACACGGCUUUGAUGACGUGGAAAACACUGAGGAGCGUUCCGAUAUGGAAGAUAAUAGUGAUCAAUUUUCACAAAAUAAUAAAAAUUUGGCUGGGCAACCAACCAUCAUUGGAGCUUCGAGGAGAAGCAGCAAUGUCAGUUUAAAUUUAAACGACGCAAAUCAAAGUGAAGAUAUAAAAGAUACUGGCGAAAACAUUUUGACUUUUAUACAAAACUCAUCGGAACUAAGCAAACAGCAUAAAAACUUACCAAGACAGUUACCGUGCAGUCAAAGUUCUGAAAGUGAAUUUAAUUUUGAUGCUUUUCUUAACAUGCAUCCUUUGGAUCAUUCAAUUAUGAGUAAUGAUGGCGCUGAAAAAGAAGAAGCAAAAGGGACGUCACGUUUUAGCCGAUGGUUUCGACUUAAAGAACCUGCCAAUAAUAAUGAGCAUUCGGGUCUGAGUGAAUCGGAAAAACUUGGUAUUCCGAGUGUUAAGGAUUUGGAAGCACAAAUGACUAAAGUGGACAUGCGGACUGAUUUUGUUAAUCCGAUAUCAGGACCAUUCCCUCAGAAUGUGGAAGUGGAUAAACCUGUUGCUAGAGACACUGAGGCAUUCAAAAAGCUAUUGCAACAGCUGGGCUCUCAAACCAGGAUGCCCAAUCCUGGCAAUGACGUUUAUCAAAUAAUUAAUCAUUCAAAUGUAGGAAAUCCUGACCAGCUUGAGUCUAAUCCACAGAAUAAGAUUAAUGACUGCCAUCCACAGCAACCAGAGUUAAAUGUCCACGUGCCAAACAUACCGAAUAGUAACCAUUUAUUUACGCAAAAACGUAUGGAAAUCCAACAUCUAAUUCAAAGACUGAUUUGUGGAGACGUUUCCCCGGACUUUCUGGAAAAAGAGUUAGGUAACCCUAGCACUCCAGCUUCUACAAAGGAGGUUAUUGCAACAGUACUUCGUGAAUAUUCCCAUACUAAAAGAAAUACUGUGGGCACAAGCGAUCCCCAUAUUUUCACUCAUUCAUUUCUCCAAGCUCAACCGGUCCAUCAGCAUUUCUCUGAAGAAUUGCUUUCUCAAAAUUCUGCCAGCCAUGCGAUAAAUCAGCUAAUUGCCCACGGUAAUUCGCCCACUCCUUUGGCCUUCACUCCUACAUCAGUUUUAAGGAAAAUGACAGCCGAUAAAGAUACAAGUCAAACACCUAGCGCAUCUCAUAGCCAGCAGCAACAAUAUCAAAUGCACCCACACCAUGCCAAGCAACUAAGUACGCACUCAAACGUACAUGAGCCGCAGCCGACAGCAACUAUGGCCGUACAGCCUCGAAUGAUUUUAGGAGGUGGAAACUUUUCCAUUGUCCAAAAUGCCCAACACAUGUCUCCCAACCUGCCGCAGUGUCGUAAUCAACAAAUGUUAAAAUGGACUCCUGGCAAUAUGCAAAUGGUGCAAGGAAAAUCAUUUGGUCGCCCCAUACUGAAAGGAGGCCUUAAUUCAAUGCCGCACCAAAAUCCGACAGUUCCUUUUUCCAACCACAAAAUCGAAAUGAAAACCGUUCAUCAGCAUCAUCAACAGCUACAGCAACAACAACAACCACUUAGAUAUAAAUCUACUCAAUCUGUUGAAUCGAUUUUGAAUACUGAAAGUGUGCAUCAAAACAUUCCAUCUCCUGUUGGAUGGCACCAACUUUUCCUGCAACAUCAGCAGCAUCAGACCCGUCAACAACCCAGACCCAGGGUGAUUUAUGGGGACAUGCACCGUCAAUCGAAUCUUCAAAUGUCAUCACCAGUGCCAGGUUUUUGUGACAACUCCGAUUCUGAAUAUGUGAUCAAAAAUAACAGCAUCGCAUCUCCCGGCUUCCUUAGGGAAGAUCAAAUGCCAUCACCAACCAAUAAUCAAUUGGCCCAAUGGUUUUCCCCGGAGCUCCUUGCAAAAGCUUCAGCUGGAAAACUGCCUCUUUUAAAUAUGAACCAAGCCCUUAGUUUAGAAGAAUUUGAACGUAGCAUUCAACAUUCCUCAGCCGUUGUGCACAAUUAACUCUUAAGAACUUUCAGUUGAAAACAGAAAAAUUAUAUCUAUGUUUGAAAUUAUUUUUUUGUUUAAGCUUACAAAUUAUUUUGUGUAUAUUGGCACGAACUCUAUUUAAAAUGGCUUGGAAUAUUAAAUUUGAAGCACAACAAAGUAGUUUUUUAGAAUUAAUAUAACUCAAACUAUUUAAAGUAUUUGCAGAUUGUAGUUGAUCAUAUUGUAACAAAUAUUUUACUGUAAAUAAUAAACAACCAAUUAAAUAGCUUAAAAAAACUGUAA